AUGGUGUUAGCUUGUAGCUGGAGGAAACGCCAGCGGGGCGCGGGCGGAAAGCGCUCGCCGCAGGAACGACACGCGACGCCAUCUAGCGGGCCACGCGGGCCGCUCGCGCCUACUCCUUUCGGUCUGCGGACGAUCGAAACAAGACGAAAACUCCGGCCGACCCUCACUCGCAUCGGAAACACUGUCACUGGUCGGGAGCUACACUCGGGUUCACAUAUCGUACCGUGGUCAGAGCGUGGCUGCGUGUGGUGGUGGCGGUCGGGUGGGCCAUGCUGUCAGGCGGCGCGGGAGAGGCGCGGGCCGGGCAUGGCGGGCUCCUGCUCGACACUGCGGUGCGGCCGGUGCGGGCGUCCGCGGCGCGCGCUGCACGCCACUGGGCCGCGCACCGCCCGCGCCCGCUCCGCCCGCCCUGCGCGCGCACGCCCGCACUCACCGCCCGUAGCUCACCGCCUCUGCCUGCACCGCGUGCACCGGCACCACACCGACUCCACACCAACACCACGCAACACAACACUCGCUAUGUAUCGAUUACCGACUUCUCUCGCUUUUCAUACUUUCUCAAUGGUAGCUGAUAAACAC